UUUUGCGGCACCGUGCUGGAGGCUGGCGGCGUGGAUCCUCGGUCGGCGCCAGUCUUCUGCCUGUGUCCCAGCUUCUUCGGAAAGGCGGCAGUUUAGCGGUUUAAAGAGAACAGGGACCCAAUUACGAUUCUCUCAGCGGGUAAUUGGCUGCUCCUAGUCUCCCUCUCCCGGGACUUUGAAAUGCUUUACUUGAUCGGCUUGGGUCUGGGAGAUGCCAAGGACAUCACAGUCAAGGGCCUGGAAGUUGUAAGACGCUGCAAUCGAGUGUAUCUGGAAGCCUAUACCUCAGUCCUGACUGUAGGGAAGGAGGUCCUGGAAGAGUUUUAUGGAAGAAAAGUGAUUCUUGCUGAUAGAGAAGAAGUGGAACAAGAAGCAGAUAAUAUUUUAAAGGAUGCUGGUAACAGUGAUGUUGCAUUCCUUGUAGUUGGUGAUCCAUUUGGGGCCACAACACACAGUGAUCUUAUUUUGAGAGCAACAAAACUGGGUAUCCCUUAUCGAGUUAUUCAUAAUGCCUCCAUAAUAAAUGCUGUCGGCUGCUGUGGUUUACAGUUGUAUAAGUUUGGCGAGACCGUUUCUGUUGUUUUUUGGACAGACACUUGGAGACCAGAAAGCUUCUUUGACAAAGUGAAGAAGAACAGGCAGAACAGCAUGCAUACGUUAUGCUUACUCGACAUCAAAGUAAAGGAGCAAUCUUUGGAAAACCUAAUUAAGGGAAGAAAAAUCUAUGAACCUCCUCGGUUUAUGAGCGUAAACCAAGCAGCCCAGCAAUUUCUAGAGAUUGUUCAGAAUCAAAGGAUACGAGGAGAAGAACCAGCAGUCACGGAGGAGACACUCUGUGUUGGCUUAGCCAGGGUUGGAGCUGAGGACCAGAAAAUUGCAGCAGGCACUUUGCAGCAGAUGUGUACUGUGGACUUGGGAGGCCCAUUACAUUCCUUAAUUAUAACAGGAGACAACAUGCAUCCACUGGAAAUGGAGAUGUUAAGUCUGUUUUCUAUACCGGAAAAAAGCUCAGGAUCCCAAAGCAUUGAUGAACUCUGAACAUAGACGUUUUAUAUUAUCAGAUGUUAAUUUUGGUCAUUUAUGCAUGUAUACACACAUAUUUGUAUAACAAAUGAAAAGGUCUUUUGGUUUACCUAGUAAGUGUAAAACAAGUGACCAAGAAGAAAAAUGUUGACUCAACAGUGCUUGGUUUCCUGUGGCUAUGAGUUUUUUCCCUAUGAUAUCAUUGAUUUUUGUUGCUCCUUCAGCAGUUUCUCAGGAUAUACACACAUUUAGCAGACUAACCCUGAAAACUUACAGACAUCCUUAGAACAGAGUUGAGUAAGAACAGUUUUUACUUAUGAAACCAGUUCAUACAAGGUGGAAUAUUCUUCUGUCUUAAAAAAGUCAGCUGUUCUGACUGCAAGGUGAGCUGUACUGACAGCAGUUGGUAUUAGUACAUGUAAACAGAGGUGGGAAGAAUAAGUCCCCACCCAACAGUUCUACUUACUUAAGCCCUGCUGAGCACAUGCCACAAAAUGACAUCCUUCUGAGUGGCCUUGUCUUGUUCAGCUGACAUCUUAAUUAUAUGGCUCAUAUUCUGCUGUAUUUUAGAGGUUAUAUUGUUCAGCCAGCCAUGUACAGUUACUGUUCAGUUUUAAAUAGCAUCUUUCACAUCCAAGCUGACAAAUGGAAAACUUGCUGACCACAAAAUACAAUUAAAAAAUUUUUUAAGUUUAAAGUGUUAGGGUCCGGGCUUCCAAGGCUUCUCCAGAGAACAAACUACACAGGCAUAGAGAUGUAAAUUCAAGCAAAGUCUUUAUUCAGCCAGCUAG